AUGAUUUCUCCUUCUUCCUGGGGAGUUUUGCGGUUAGAUCAACUUCGUGGCUUAACUUCAGCUCAACUGCAGCUGACUGCGGCAGCGGCAAUUUCUAAUAUGCCUAUACCAAGCUUUUCUUCGUCUUCUUCGGAGGGUGACUUGUCGGAGAUUUCAGUUGCUUACUCACUAGAAGCGACCAUUCCAGAGAGUAUACAUAGUCUGAAACUUGGCUUUCCCAUCACAGUUCAAGCCAAUAUCUCCGACUUAUCACCGACUGCUAGAACUUUUCCGAAGUUCAAGGAGCUAGCCGUGGAGGUACGCGAUAUGAUCUGGAAGUUCAGCCUACCUGGACCUCGUAUUGUUGAUAUCAUUUACAACAAGGACCAGGACAAGUAUCUGUCGUUCCAUUCUAAGCCGCCUUCUCUUUUACAUACAAAUAGAGAAGCCAGAUACGUCGCUCAAAAGAUUUACAAUUUAUGCUUCGAGACACAGUCAAACCUCGCCAAUAUUUACAUCCGGUUCGAUACAGAUAUCAUCUACUUCGCCAAUUGGCUUACAGGCUAUAAAUAUGCCAUAAAUGGCUGGUUCGAACAUGUCAACAUUGGUCCGAUUGGCAAAAAGGGACUUGGAAAACAUGACUUAAGGUCUAUUCAGAGAGUAGCUGUCAAUUCUGUCUAUUUCGACACCCCUGAAUAUUUAACACCAGUUCAGAAAAUGCAAUACUUUUUGCGAUCUGUAACACCUAUCCUCGACAGAUUCUAUUCACUGAAGAAACUCUACGUUGUCGUUGAAGAUAUCGACCCAUAUCUGAGAGGCGAAAUUACCUUUGUCGCUAUUCCUGACGACUGCCACCUUCAUCCGGAAUUCUGUGUAUUUGGCGGAGCAUCCGAGAUUGUCAAAGGACUUGAAGACCUCAAGUGGCACCUCACCUCUCCUUGGAAAAUCCCUGCUGUUUCUGUCGUGGGAGCUGCUCGCAGCAAUCACGUAUCACAUAUGGGUCAAUAUCAGAUGUGUGAAUGUAAUGGGUUGAUCCCUUUGCAGCCCGGUAGGGCUUAUCGAAACCAUCCGUGCGAAGCAUACCAUCCAAAUCCAGACAAAACUGCGAGUGUAGUCGCCGAAGAUGAAGGCACAUCUGGAGUCGAGGAUGAUUUGCCCGAGGAAGAUUGGGGUCUCUCCGAAGAUGAAUUGAAAGACUUGAUCGCAGAUGAAUAUUCGUACCAUCGUUUCAUUGAGAAGUACUGUCAGGGAAAAUAUGGUGUCAACCAUGAGCAAUGGCUUGGUGCCGACUAUGAUUUGCGCCGGUUUCCGCAGUUAACGGGCUUUUCAGCAUUUUGGUGGUCUUAUUUGUCUAAAUUUUUGCCUGACUGGGCUCAUUUGGUUUAA